AGGAAGGAGUCGCGGGGCGGCUCACUGCGCUGUGUGUAAAGUUUUCUCCGCGGGGGACUGGGUUCACGUGACAAGUUAUCUCUGGAGUUCAAGUUUGAGUUGAAACCAGCCUCAAAUUUCACCUGUCCUCACUAACCCGUGGAUUUCUGUGUGACCAGGUCAGCCCUGAUUCAGUGUGGCUGUGAAUACCAGGAAGCUUGGAUCAUUCAAGCUAUUCGGGAAGCUGAUAACCAUAGAGGGAAAAGAGCCCUGUCCUGAGUGCACUGCGGGGAUAAGAGGAGGAGCGUCCUCGUUCUUCUGCUCCCUGUUGCCCAGGAAAACUUACUGUCUGAAGCACAGGAUGGCCACCAUGGUUCUGUCCCCCACGUGUGCUCAGUCUUCCCCGUACCCAGCCUCUCACCAGAAAGGAUGCACAGAGGAGGAAGGGUUGGCUAAUGGCUUCCUGACACACUGGUUACAGGCCUAUGCUCAUCCUUUGAGAUUGAAGGGAAUUCGAUUGCAGGAUGUCACAGUCUCACUGGAAAAGAAAAUCACCUGUGUGUUAGAGGACUUGGUGACUUUCGAGGAUGUGACUGUGGAGUUCACCCAGGAAGAGUGGGCACUGCUGGACCCUUCUCAGCGAACACUGUACAGAGAUGUGAUGCUGGAGAACUGCAGGAACCUGGCUUCACUUGGGUAUCACGUUGAUAAACCCAGUCUGAUCUCCCAGUUGGAGCAAGAAGACAAGGUGAUGACAGAGGAAAGAGGAAUUCUUCCAGGCACCUGUCCAGAUUUGGAGACGGUACUUAAAGCAAAAUGGUUAACUCCUAAGAAGCAUGUUUUUAGAAAAGAACAUUCUAAUGGUGUAAAAGUGGAGAGAAGUCAUCUGGGAGUGAAACUCAAUGAAUGUAAUCAGUGUUUUAAAGUCUUCAGCACAAAAUCUAACCUUACUCAGCACAAAAGAAUUCAUACUGGAGAAAAACCCUAUGACUGUAAUCAGUGUGGCAAAUCCUUCAGCAGUAGAUCCUACCUCACUAUUCAUAAGAGAAUACAUAAUGGGGAGAAGCCCUAUGGAUGCAAUGACUGUGGGAAAGCCUUCAAUGAUCCUUCCUCCCUCAGACUGCAUGUGAGAAUCCACACUGGAGAAAAACCCUACGAAUGUAACCAGUGUUUUCAUGUCUUCCGUACUAGUUGUAACCUCAAAAGCCACAAGAGAAUUCAUACGAGGGAGAAUCACCAUGAAUGUAAUCAGUGUGGCAAGGCCUUCAGCACGAGGUCCUCCCUUACUGGGCACAACAGUAUUCAUACAGGAGAGAAACCUUAUGAGUGCAGUGAUUGUGGGAAAACCUUUAGGAAGAGCUCAUAUCUCACACAGCAUAUGAGAACUCAUACUGGAGAAAAACCCUAUGAGUGUAAUCAGUGUGGAAAAUCCUUUAGCAGUAGCUUUUCUCUUACUGUGCACAAGAGAAUUCAUACCGGUGAGAAACCCUAUGAAUGCAGUAACUGUGGGAAAGCCUUUAAUAAUCUUUCAGCUGUUAAGAAACAUGUAAGAACUCACACUGGAGAAAAACCCUAUGAAUGUAAUCAUUGUGGGAAAUCUUUCACCACUAACUCUUACCUUUCUGUGCACAAGAGAAUCCAUAAUAGGUGGAUAUGACUACAAUAACUGGGAAAACAUUCACUGAUUUCUUAUCUCUCAGACAACUU